AGGAGAAGAAUAGACCAAAGAGUCAUUGCUGCAUUGAUACAUUGCUUGUAGAGAAAAGUUGACGAAGCUCAAGAUUUCACGAUGACCCUCUUGGAUACUGCCCAUUGCAAUACACGUCGAGCAAUAAGCUCUUCCUGCCAACCCAAUUGAAGCCGCCCUCGUAAAAACAAGAGUCAAUUCUUAUUCCUUAAUUAGGCCCAAAAUAUCCAAGCCCCAGCUUUUAUCACCUAUAUAUAGUUUCAUUUCAGACUCAUUUUUUGCAGAGAACCAAAACGCGCCGUCGCCAUGGGAAGAAGACCUGCAAGAUGUUACCGUCAGAUUAAGAAUAAACCGUAUCCCAAAUCUCGUUUCUGUCGUGGUGUUCCUGAUCCCAAGAUCAGGAUUUACGAUGUCGGCAUGAAGAAGAAGGGUGUGGAUGAGUUUCCUUUCUGUGUCCAUCUUGUAAGUUGGGAGAAAGAGAAUGUCUCAAGUGAGGCACUUGAGGCGGCUAGGAUUGCUUGCAACAAGUACAUGACAAAGUUUGCUGGAAAGGAUGCGUUCCACUUGAGGGUUAGGGUUCACCCUUUCCAUGUUCUCAGGAUUAACAAGAUGCUUUCCUGUGCUGGAGCUGAUAGGCUUCAGACUGGUAUGCGUGGUGCUUUUGGAAAGCCACAGGGUGUUUGUGCUAGGGUUGCUAUUGGGCAAGUGCUCCUCUCGGUUCGUUGCAAGGACAGCAAUGGACAGAAUGCUCAGGAGGCUCUUCGUAGGGCUAAGUUUAAGUUCCCUGGCCGUCAAAAGAUCAUUGUCAGCAGGAAGUGGGGAUUCACCAAGAUUGAUCGAAAUGAUUAUUUGAAAUUGAAGUCAGAGAACAGGAUUCUGAAUGAUGGUGUGAAUGCUAAGCUUCUUGGAUGCCAUGGACCUCUGGCUAACCGUCAACCUGGAAGAGCUUUUAUCAAUGCUAGCUGCAAUGCUUAGGAGGCUUCUCUCUAGUUUUGAAAUAUUAGAAUUUGGAUUACUUUGGUUUUGCAAGAACGAUUUUGAAUGUUAUUGUCUGCAUUUUAUUAUAUUGUUAAACUGAGCUUUAUUUAUAUCUGUUUUGAAGACAAUAUGGAAUUGAUGUUUAAUGUUAUAUUUUGUUAUGGUUUA